AUGUGCGCGUAUGAAGGGCACUACAACGAGUCAUCAAGGCAUGCGGCUCUGCCUCAGGACCCAGCCGUGCCCUCUAACCUCUCUGCCAGGGCAACGCCAGUGGAGGACGGGCCCCGGGCCCCUCCAGCCAUACCCACGGACCCAACAGACCCAUCAGGGUUGACAGCAGAAAGCACCAGAGAGCAGCCUGUGCAACCGUCAGUGCUAGCUAAUGCCUCCUCCUUAGCCUCCUCCUCAGCCAUCAACAGUGACAAUCAAACAGCAGGAACAACAGACCCUUUGUCUUUAGCCCCUGUAACCAACAGCACCUCAAACACCAGCCCAGAGGAGGGAGACAGCAGUUUGCAUGCGAACCCAGAUUUACCUACAGUCCCAGUGUCCUCUCUGGCCACAUUGGGGGAGAGCGACGUCAUCCUCCCAGACAAUGUGACUAGUCCUUUCUCCACUCACACAUGGAACACCACUACACCUGCAAGGGCUGACACCAACACCACUACACCAUCCACCACAGCAGCACACACCAACCCAACACCAGACUCUGUGACCAAUGACAGUCUACAGCUCACAACUGUGACCACCACGACCGUCACGCCCCUGACCGUGACCACCACAACUGUGACACCCCAGACCAUCACAGCUUCGACCACAGAGGCUGUUACAACCACAACCUGGACCACUACGACCACACAGGAAGUGACCACCCUCCAAGAGACCACAGUGAUGGCAACCACAACUGACCAAACCACGACCACAACCACAACCGUUCCCACUACAACUACAAAUGCACCGACUACCACUUUGACGAUCCCCACCACCACUAAAGGAACAACCCCUGGACCGACCACAACUGAACCUACCCCCACCAGUCCUGAAGGGGAGCAUCUACCAUGUAACAUCACUGAGAAGACCUGGGUCAAAACAGUUUUGUCCAUGCAGCUGUGGAGGAACAGGCUUGAUAUCAUGACGAGGCAGAAUCUGUCUAAAGGACUCACCUAUGCUCUACAGAGGGCCUUCAAUGACACCAAUGUUUAUGUCCAGGUUGAACGUGACCUCUGCAGCCCUCAUAAUGUCACUCUUGGGUACUAUGUAGCCAGUGGGAAAACGGUCUACAUAGCAUCUGUGGUGGUGGAGACAAUGAAUGCCUAUGGCUUUGACAAAGUGCUGGCAGACAUCCGGCAGCACAGUCCUCUGGUGAAGGCUGUUCUGCUCCCUGUAGCCCCCUGGGCCUCCAGCUUCAGUGUCCAUCUGCAGCUCAAAACAGUUCUCAGGUUCGUCGGGCCAGAAGACAACGUCAACUCCUGCAGUUUUGUUCAAAUGAUGGAACAACGGCUGGAGAAUGCAUUUGAGGAAGCUCAGGACAAAGUGCUGGAAUCUUACAACGGGCUUUCUGUGGAGAUCCAGAGCACCGCCCAGGUGAUUGGCUCUCCUGCCGUGUCUCUGGUCUACGUGGUGAAGAAUGACAACGCGGUGCUGAACGGAACCGUCUCCAGCGGUCUCCUGAACCAGCUGACCGCAGAGCUGGUGGGCUACUUCCUCUUCUUCCCCCCGCUCAUCAUCGCUGAGCCACUAGAGUACCACAACCUCAACACAUCCACUGCCACAAAGCACUACUGGGUGAUCACAGUAAUUCAGGAUGUUGACAGCUCUUCUCUGGAAGGGAAUUAUCAGAGCUUUGCUAGUUUAAUGGAGCAGCGGCUGGCUGAGCUGUUUUUGGUGUCUGGGCGUCAGGGGAGUCAGGGGAGCCGCUUUAGAAGGGCCACCACCGUCGGGAGCUACACCGUCCAGAUGGUUGGCAUUCGUCGACUCCCUGGGCCGAAGAACUCAGCCGAAAUGACCUACUAUGCCCAACUGAACGGUGCCCCCAUAACUGGCACCACUGCAGCUAAGACCCUCAGUACCUUGGAUUCCCAAACCAUGGCCCUCACUCUGGGCUACUUUGUCCUGCUCCAAGCUGAUCCUGUGGUAAAGGUCCCGCCUGCCAAUCUGUGGAUCAUGGCUGUGCUGACGCCUGUUGCCCUGGUGAUGGUCGUUGUCGCCAUGGUCACCGCCAUCCUGUGCAAGAGGAACAGGGUCAUCUUCAAGACCAAUGCUUUCAGGAGCUUCAAACCCCGCUCCAAGCAUGUGCAGGGAUUUGACUAUGCCAAGAAGCACAUGGGCCAUCAGCAAGGUGAGGAGACCAUCUCUGUUACCAAGGAGACGCUGGUUCUGGGCCUACCAGUGAGAGAUGCCCCGUUGUCAUUGGACAGGAAGGUGCACCAGGAUGGGACCGCCUCUAAAAGACCUCCUUCUGCUGACAUCAUCCACAAAGGGUUGCCAAGCGAGGACGGCUCGGUUGCAAGCAGCGAAUCCGGGAAACUCAACACGGGCAAGAGCUUGGCGGCACGGAGGGCUGCGGCACAGAAGAGCACCAAGGAAGAUCUGCUGCACAAGAGGAACGAUCCCUACGAGGACCACACUGGCUCACUGCGACUCAUCACCAUCAAGCCAAUGGCGGCCCAGCCCACAUACUCCUACCCAUCCUCCUCCAGUCACAGCCAGGACUCAGUCGUCCUCAACGGGGAGGCAAACAUGGGGCUCAAGCAGAAAACCGACAUCGAACACUACAGGAACAAAGUACGCCAGAAAGCCAAGAGAAAAGGCUACUGUGAUUUCCCCAUCACAGACAAUGGCAUCCACCCAUUCAACCCCAGAGAGAGGCACAGUAGGCCUGAGAUGGCAAAGGAGCCAAUGACUGCUGAGGAGAAGAGGGCCUCCUAUGCAGGAUGCCACAUCAGGAGGCACCCCCCGUCGAGAGAGCCAGCCUACUGGAGCCGUCAGUCCCUGGUCGCCAGCAGCCCUAGCCCCGUGGAGACGGAGAUGGACCUGCUGGUCCUCAGGGAGAGGUCCAGGAGAGGCAUCCGCAACAGCGGUUAUGACGCAGAGCCAGAGACGUUCCAGGAGACCAACGUGGACCGACUGAUGUGCUCCCUGGGUUAUGGUGGAAGCCAUCAGGUCAAAGGUCUCUCGGACUCGUCCACUCUGAGCUCUCAGCCCUCCAUCGACGAGGUCCGGCAGCAGAUGCAUAUCCUGCUGGGUAAUGCCUUUGGGCUGGCCCCAGACGAGCCCUCGCCUGCCAGCCACCACCACCACCACCACCCUCACCCCCACCUCCACAGUUCCUACAAUCCCAGCCACACUAGCGCUUACUCCGAAGGGGUGACCAGCGCCCCUGGCACCAUGAACCAUCCAUGCGGAGGAGGCCACCAGCGCGGGUCUGCCUACGGGCCGGAGAUCCACCAGUGUAGCUUACCCAAACCUGGCUUCAGGUUCACUCAGCUUCCUGACAUGGGCGUUGGACCCCCACCUCCUCUGAUACCCUCCAGGCCUGGACCCCCAACCGGGACCUCAAUGAGGCUUUCUUCACCCGAUGUCAGCCUGAAGCCUCGUGUUUCCGAGGCCUCUGAGAUGCAGAGUCAGCACAAUGGUGCCCCCUAUCUGCUUAUCAACAGAGCGCCCUUCCCUGCUGUUACUGUUGACCAGUCCAUGACCAGCUACUCAGGAAACCCAAUGACAGGAGUCUACGCCAUAUCAGCCAACCGCCCUGGUUACUCAGACUACUUUGUCAUGCCUCCACCAGCGUCGUAUGGAAGCCCAUCCUGGAUGUCCUACCCACCAGAACCCGAGGACAUCCCACACCAGUGGAAUGAUACUGCAGUAGGGCCUCCCUCCCUCACAUUGAGUACCCCUGGACUCAAGCACCCCGCCCUGCCCUUCACCCCUGGCCCUGGCUACUGGCCCCUGGCCUUCCUCCUCAGCCCAGCCAGGCCCUCUCUGCUCUGCUCUCUGAGCCCCAGGUCUCCCAGACCUCACAGCCUCCAUGUCAACUGCCACCAGCCAGCAGAGGAUGGCCUAGACUACAGUACAGCAGCACUAUCCCUCAUGGUAGUGCCACAUACAUCCUCUACCCUGGUCCACACCAUCCAACGACAGGGCUGGCAAAGCUGGACUAACUAA